CACACAUUCUGCAUUCAUUCAAAUUCGCUGGUCAUUCCAAGUUACAUAUCUCAUCGCAGUGAGAAGCGAUCAGAAUUUUUACGAUCAACGCAAUACAAUGAGUGUUAAAUCAAUCAACGACGAAUCACAUUUUCAAGCGGAACUUCAAGCCGCUGGCAUAAAAUUGGUAGUAGUGGAUUUCACAGCAACAUGGUGCGGGCCUUGCCAAAGAAUUGCUCCUCAUUUUGAGACGUUUCCCGGCAAAUAUCCUAGGGCGAUUUUCUUGAAAGUGGAUGUAGAUAAGUGCCAAGAUACUGCUGCCAAUCAAGGCGUUCAGGCAAUGCCAACAUUCAUAUUCUACAGAAACAAGUCCAAGAUCGAUCGAGUACAAGGUGCAUCGGUCGAAGCACUCGAGGCAAAAAUUCAACAACAUAUUGGCUCGGGAGGUGAUGAUGAAUCCGGCGAAGAAUAUGGACAUGGACUGAUGGAUCUGAACACCUUCAUAUCGAAGAAUGAAUGUGAAUGUCUGAACGAGGCUGAUGACCAUCCAUUGCAACAUAGUUUAACUAGCGGCGGCGGUUACUUGCAGUCCGAUUGCGAUGAACAACUUAUACUGUCGAUUACAUUUAACCAGGCAGUGAAGAUUCAUUCGAUAAAGUUCAAGGCACCACCGAAUUUGGGUCCGAAAAAUUUGAAAAUUUUCAUCAAUCAGCCACGAACAGUUGACUUUGAUAUGGCAGAGUCUUUUACAUCGGUGCAGGAUUUGGUACUCGAACCAAAAGAUUUGGAAGGAACUCCAGUGAACUUACGCUAUGUGAAGUUCCAGAACGUGCAAAAUAUCCAGGUGUUCAUCAAGGACAAUCAGAGUGGCGGUGAAGUGACACAAUUAGAUUACAUCGGCUUCAUCGGAUCACCGAUCAUAACCACCAAAAUGGAAGAUUUUAAACGCAUCGCUGGAAAGAAAGGGGAAAGCCACUAAAAACUCCCCCCAUCCCUUUUUCUAUAUUGUGUUAAUUUCAACGUUUCCCGAUUUGAUUUUUCUGUUAUUCGAUAAUAAAAAAAACUUGGAAAUUCUUUUGAUCAUAAAAA